GAGUUCCCUAGCUAGCACUUGAGUGGGGAGAGGACAUAGAAGAAAACGAAGAAUGGAUGGAAGAAGACCACCGACAGAAGCCAGCCAACAUGUUGCCUUGGAGAUCUGUUUCGAAUCUGUCGAACGUAAGGCGCGCAUGUACUUGGAAAGAAAAUCCCCGGCCAAGCCAACCAUCUUCAGAGUCCCUCCGGGCAUGCGAUGCGGCAAUCGGGAUGCCUAUGAGCCAAAGAUGGUCUCCAUCGGCCCUUACCAUCGUGGCAAGUCCGAGGACUUGAAGACCAUGGAGGAGCUCAAGUGGCGGCUACUACACCACUACCUCUCCAAAGUUCCGAAUGGGAGCAAAAAUGAGGGCCUAAGAAAGAUGAAGGAUUUGGAGAAGCAGUCCCGGGAGUGCUACUCGGAGGUUAUCGACUUGAAAAGCGAUCAAUUCGUGGAGAUGCUGCUGCUUGACGGAUGUUUCCUCGUUCAAAUAUUUAUUGCUUCCUUUGACGCCGAGCUGGGAGAGGAGGAGCUCAAAUCGCUGCUACGAAACAACUCUUGGUUUGCAAACCUUGUCUCUCAUGACCUGCUGCUGCUCGAAAAUCAACUUCCAUAUUUCAUUGUCGAGCAUCUCCUCAAUACGCUGGAGAUGCCAGGGUGGGAUAUCUCCCUUCUUCAAAAGGUUGUCAUCUCCUGGUUCUCUGGUUUUCUGCGACAGCCACAGUACUUGAAAAAUCAGCAGCCAGAGCUGCCCUCCCAGUGCUUUGAGGAUGUGGACCAUUUACUCCACUUGUUCCACCAAUGGAUCUUGAGUAUUCAAGAAUCAGAUAAGGUAAGCAAUACAAGAAGCUGCAAUAGACUUUCACUAGAACUACUUUGUUCUGCGUUAUCUCUGAUGAUCUACAAGACUGGGGACUGUCUCUCCAAGGUCUUGCCCUGCUGUAACUGUUAUAGCCCAAAACCCAUUACAGCCCACAAAAAGGGAUACCAACUGUCUGUCCCUAUCAUGACUGAACAUGUCGAGGAACUCUCACAGUCUGGCCCUACCAUGAUUGGACCUGCGGCUCAGGGACACCCGCCAUCUGGCUCUACCAAGACCGAACGUGCAGAGGAAAUCCCAUCAUCUGUCCCUACCAUGACUGAACUCGUAGAGGCUGGAGUGAAAGUCAAGGUGAGGAAAGCAAAAAGCUUUCUAAACAUCUCGUUCUAUAAGGGUGUGUUGGAAAUCCCGGCCAUUAAUGUUGUUGAUGAUUACACAAACUUCCUUUUCGCAAACCUCAUUGCUUGGGAGCAAUGUUCCCGUACAGACAGGUUGGACGUCACUCAUUAUACCUUGUUCUUGGAUGGCAUCAUCAACACCCCAAUGGACGUCGAAUUGCUCCACCAGAAAGGGAUCAUUCACCGGGAUCUUGGGAGCAACAAAGUCGUUGCAUCUCUCUUCAACGAACUAGGGAACGGAGUUAGUUAUGAUCCCAAAAAAAACUACCUUAUGAAUGUGCACAAGGGCUUGAAUGCUUACUGCCAGUCGAGAUGGCCUAGGUGGCGCGCAAAAGCUGUUCAUGACUAUUUCAGCAAUCCAUGGGCGAUCAUUUCAUUAGGAGCAGCUGUUCUGCUAGUUGGACUCACCAUUCUCCAAUCGGUCUAUGCUGUUUUAGAUUACUACAAAAAGUGA